AAAUGCCCUAAUGGGUGACUUCUCUUUUCUCCUUCCUCAACUAAGUGGAUUCCAAGCCGUUCAAAUCAUUUAUUCCUCGUGAACAGACCCUUGACUUCUGUGCUUAGGUUAUGGGACGAGGGACUGUAAUGUGGAGCUGUUUGUAGCCGUGAUGACACAGCUAGAAUCCAAUCAGUGCUGGUCCAGGCACACUUAGAAAGCUCGACGAAGCCUCAGCUACACGAGGCCCAGACACAGCAAGUAACGCCUUUCACCCUUGACUGUCGGGCGUUCGACCAGACUCUCAGGAAAGCGCAGCCUCCAGCAGCAAGCUGCAUGCCUCUGGCAGAGCAUGGCCCCAGGAGCCCGGACAGUGAUGCCGGCUGUGCAGGAAACCCAUUCGCAAAUCCUCUGGCUCUCGGGAAAGAAGAUGGUGCUGCGGAAUGGCAUUUAUCUGGUAGCAUUUUGGAUGUGUACAGUGAUGAGCAGGGCAUUUCUCCAGUUAAUGCUGGUCUUACGAACGCUUCUUGUCCAAGUAUUCUACCCAUGAAAAAGGAAAUUGCAGAAACUGACAGUAGAGCACUGGCGAAGGAGAGACAGAAAAAGGACAACCACAACCUCAUUGAAAGAAGAAGAAGGUACAAUAUUAAUUACCGAAUCAAGGAGCUUGGGACUCUUAUUCCAAAGUCUAAUGAUCCUGAUAUGCGCUGGAACAAAGGGACCAUUCUAAAGGCAUCAGUGGACUACAUCAAGUGGCUACAAAAAGAACAACAGAGAGCCCGGGAGUUAGAACACAGACAGAAGAAAUUAGAGCAUGCUAACCGGCAUCUUAGGCUACGGAUUCAGGAACUAGAAAUACAAGCACGUGCCCACGGUCUACCAAUCCUGGCUUCCCUUGGCACAGCUGAUUUUGGCACCCACCUCACCAAGCAGCAGACCCAUCCUGAGAAGAACUCGGGAGGCUGCUGCCAACAACUGACUCCAUCUCAGGGGACAAGCCCGGAGUUCUAUGAGCAAGCCGUGGCUUUCUCUGAUCCAUUGUCUCACUUCACAGAUUUAUCAUUUAGUGCCGCGUUGAAAGAGGAACAAAGAUUGGAUGGCAUGCUAUUAAGCGAUCCAAUAUGCCCCUUUGGGACGGACCCACUACUCUCUGCCAUUUCCCCUGCAGUUUCCAAAGCGAGCAGUCAAAGCAGUCUUAGCUCAGAGGAUGGCGAUGAAUUGUAAGCCUCAAACAGGCUCAAGUCAUCAACCAGGAAGCAACUUCAUGCUGGUGCUACUCCACCGUUAUCUGCGUUUUCUACCUUGCUUUCACUUAACUCUUUGAAAGGAAUUAUAUUGGCCUAUGAGGGGAAAUGAUUAGAAGUGAUGGAAAAUUCAUGGGAAGAAGAAACGUGAUGCUAAACAAUCAUUGAAGAUCACAGUAUUGUUGUCCGUUCUGUCUACGGAGUUCAGAUUGCCUUACAUUUAAUUUUCCUGGAAAGUGGUUCAACUUCAUAACAGCUCUAGUGUUGAGACCUUCAGAGCAGUUAUGUGGUAAGAUAUUACCGGAGCUACAGUCCUUCAAGAGAGUGCAACAUCCCACUCCACUCUUGCUCACCUCCACAUCCUGUGUUACCUUCUACAACAGCAUUUUCUGAAGAUUCAUGACUAACAAAUAAUCAUUGUGAUAAUUUCUUUUCCUUUGUCUGGUGGACAUAUUAUGUAUGGUUGAAUCCUUGUUCAAGAAAAAAAUAUAAAAUAUUUUUUCCAUUUAAACUUGAAACUAAGUCUGUAAUAAACAUGAUUUUUUUUCAAAAUAGAGCAAAGAGUAUUUCUUUAAAUAAUAUUUCCUGAAAUCAUAUUCUGACUCUUUUAAUACAUUUGAUGAAAUUAAUUCUAAAGAUCUUCCUGCAGAUGUAUGUGACUCUGCUUUCUUCAGAUAAAGCAACACAUUGAGGAAUACCCUCCAAUACAUGGUCCUGAAGUUUAAUCAUUUUGCACAAAUACACAUACACACAAUGUAGGAAGGGUGCAUUGUUUCAUUCUGUUUCAUUCCUCUGAUUAUCUGAUCGAUGCCAUAAACUAUAUUCACAUUUUUUUGUUCUUUAAAAUAUGUUGUAUAAUCAAUUUUAGCAACUAAAUUAUAAAAUAUUCCCAUAUGAGGAAAAUUUAUCUGGAAUGUAACAUAUGCCAUUUAGAUAUAUAUUUCUUAUUCAUAUAUAUUAUCUCAAAAAUUGACAAGAUAUUGAUUACACUAUCAACUGAUCACCUGUAAGCUGGAACUACAUUUUAUUUUAUUCUGUUGUGAUUGGAAAGAUGUAUAUUUUCCCUUGAAAUUGAGACUGCCCUGGGGUCUGGCCCUUGUUACCAUUUAGUACAAUAUAAGUAUUUGCAUUUAUAA